AUGCUUGCUGAAUGGAAACCAAAAUUAGUGGUUUUGAAAGAAAUGCUGAAAAAAUUAGGCUUUCCCGACCUGCGUUUUGCUUCUCAACAAAAAAAAAAAAAUACGGUUAAAAAUAAUGAUUGUGGGAACCACGUAAAUAAUAAUGAGAUAAACAAAAGGGAGAAAAAAAAUAAUUUUAACUUAGCCAAUGGAGUUCAUACUAAAUUCAGCACUUUGGAUGGAAUAAGCAGCCUGGCAGAUUACGCUGCCAGUGCCCGACAGAAAAAUUAUUCGGCUUUGGCAGUAACCGACCAUUAUAAC